CCAACAUGGAAAUACAAAGGAUAACUUAGAAAUCUUAGGUGGCUUGGACAUAACAGCUUCUCCUGACAGGCCGGUUGACUGCAGUCAGAAGGUUGAGCUGAAUGUGGUCGGAGCUGAAUCGUUGAGCAGCAAAGGACUCAUAUUUGAGUGGCAAUGUAAAGGACACUGCUCAUGCAGAAAUGUAACAAGGGAUCAGACUCAUCACAUCAUUGAAAAAGAUUGCCUUCCCAGUCCCUUUGAAAUUUUUGAGUACACUUUGACUGUGAGGAACAGAACGUGGUUUAGGAAAUGGGUCGAGAUCGCUCAAGCAUCUAAAUGCAUCACCGUUGCUCCUUUAAAUGAAUUUGAUGACGUCACAAUCAGAUGUGACAACUGUGACUCCUUAAACGAGAAUGACGAUGCCAAGAUGAGUCUCAGUUGUGGUUCAACUUGCCCAGAUGUAGUUUGGUUAAUUGAAGAUCCCAAAACUUUGUCGGGUGAACUCAAUGAAUGUUACUCCAAAGCAGGAAGAAGCCGUCCCGUUGAAAAACAACACGGACACACUGAAUACACGGUUCACAGCCAAUAUCUAAAAGAUUCAAGGAGAACGCAGCGCAACAUCAACGUCAUUGCUUAUGGUGAGAAGGUCCCUGGUUUUGCCAAGUACUCUAUUCCAGUACCAGGUCCAGAAACAGCAGUGCCUUCCAGUUCUCCUGCUGUCCCUGCAUGUAGCAUCUCUCCACACUCAGGAACUGUGCUCGAUGCUUUCAAAAUUACCUGCGAGUCGACCUCUUUCUGCUCCAUGGGCUGUCUUUACUGCUUCAAGACCAACACAGGCAAACAUCUGCGUUGCAGCAAUACAAAUGUGGUGAAAUCAAUCUUCCUGCCUUCGGGAGAUGAGCAGAAUAAUCACACCGUGUCUGUGGUAGUGACCGUAAAAAACGAACACACAACAGCUACUUCAAUUGUUGCGACUCAGGUAAGGAAAGGCAACUCCAGUACCUCCAUACCAUCUCUGCAGUCUGCAGUGGAAGACACUGUAGAUCAGCUGGAGCAGGAGGGCCUGCUCUCUGGUCAGGCACUCGGACAAAUGUUCACUUCUGUUUCGGACAUGCUGAAUUCAGAGGAUGGCCGGGAUCAGAAGGAUGCAAAGGCAAAGCUCCGGGAGCAAAUGUUGAUCAAAAUGACAGCAGUUCUGCAGGACAGCCCCAGCAACACCACUCAGGAAGUUCAAGCGACUGCCGAGGCUGUGGCUGGACUAACUCAGAUGUCAGAUGAGCUCAGUCCUGCUGCCCAAGAAGAAGCUGGCUCGUUGUUGGUGAACCUCAGCUCCUACCUCAGGACUAUAACCAUCAAACCGCAUGAAAGUGGAGAUGAAGAUGUUGUACAAGCGGCUACACCCAUAGUUGAGGCAGCCAGUAAUAUUCUCAAUGGUUCAUCAAAUAAAAAAGUGUCAGAUUUCCUUUUGGCUGGGAUCAACAAUCUUCAGAGCGCUUUGCUGAAUAAUAAGAAGUUGAAUGCAGAGCCUGCGGUCAUUGAUUCUGGUCAGAUCAGUGUGUAUGUUAACAGAAUAUCAUCAGAGGACAUGCAGAUGCAGGAUAUAAAUGUCCAGAAGAAGGGCUCCUCCAGUUUUACUGUUCCCUCGCUACCAGCUGGCAUCAUCUCUCGAGGGGAGCCAGUGGACAUCCGAGUAAGUGUGUUCUCACAGGAGAAAAGCAGAAAACGUAUUCAUUUGAAUUAGUAAACACCAGGGGCGGUGCUAGCUAUUUGGACAUCUUAAGCGCAAAUACUUAGUGGUGCCCCCCUCAUAUCGCUAUAAGGACACCAUCUGUACAUGAAAGCACCUAUGUGAAUAGCAAUCACUUCCAUUCUGUAAAUGUGCAACUUACAUGCGAUGCGCAAACGUGCAUUACGAAUCUGGUGGCGCAUGAUCCGUUCAUAAAUAAACUUCAAGCAGGAGCCAGUGACGAUGCCUGGCUUCUAGGUACAUUUAUUUUCAUUACAUUAGUUUGAAGACACCUGUCUUCAUAAUAAUAGCGAAAUUCACUUCAUCACAAU